AUGACUUCCUUUAAUCAUCUCGAGCGGGAUGACUCCUCGUCCGAAACGACGAGAACAGAUGACCGCGUAACCCGCUACAGUUCAAUCGUCAGUCGCAGAGACAGAGAACCAAUCCCAUUCAACGAAGACUUAGUCAAUCUCCCCUCGCGAACGCUCAGCAACGAGGCAAACCUCGAAGAAUAUACCCAAGAAACAAUCGACGGGCAGAUAUUACGGGAGGUCAAGUCGAAUACUACAGGAGUUAUCGAAAGAUAUGAGCUCGUCACAUGGAAGAUAAACGACCCCGAAAAUCCCAAGAACUUUUCCAAAGCGUACAAAUGGUACUGCACCAUGGUAGUGGCAAUAACUUGCUUCGUGGUGGCUUUCAACUCCGCUGUAAUCACAGCAGAUCUAGAAGGAGUGGCUAGGGAAUUCAACGUCAGCGAGGAAGUAGCACUCUUGACUAUCACGGUAUUUGUUAUAGGGUUUGGUGUCGGCCCUAUGGCAUUUGCCCCUCUCAGUGAGAUCGUCGGCCGAAGGCCCAUUUACGCAACCACUUUGCUCGUGGCUGUCAUCUUCACGAUUCCUGGAUGCGUCGCCAAAAACAUACAAACUUUGAUUGUGACUCGUGCCCUUGCGGGUAUCGCUUUCUCAGCCCCAAUGACCCUCGUGGGUGGUACUUUGGCCGAUCUUUGGACUACUGAAGAGCGAGGUGUUCCCAUGGCCGCAUUCAGCGCCGCACCAUUCAUCGGACCCGCCGUAGGACCACUCGUUGGGGGUUUCGUUUCCGAUGGGCUGGGAUGGAGGUGGCUAUACUGGCUCCAGUUGAUUCUAUCAGGCUUCGUCUGGGCCAUGAUCACCUUCACCGUCCCCGAAACCUACACACCAAAGCUUCUAUCUCGUCGCGCAGCAAAACUACGAGCCUCCACUGGGGAUAGCAAGCAUGUCACAGAAGAAGAUCUCGACAUGCGACCACUCAGUCAAAGACUACGUCUCUUCUUAGUCCGUCCGUUCCAGCUGCUCUUCCAAGAGUACAUCGUGUUCUUUGUAUCUGUGUACAUGUCCGUUCUUUACGGUCUGCUCUACAUGUUUUUCAUCGCUUUCCCAAUCGUAUACCAGAAAGGCAAAGGCUACUCAGCUAGCAAGACCGGCCUGAUGUUUAUCCCGCUCGCCGUCGGUGUCCUCUGCAGUGCCGCAUGUGCGCCCUUCGUUAACAAGCACUACCUCACUCUCUGUAAAAAGCACAACGGCAAACCCCCAGCAGAGGUCCGCCUCAUCCCAAUGAUGAUCUCCUGUUGGUGCAUCCCAAUCGGCCUCUUCAUCUUCGCCUGGUCCUCAUACCCCCGACUCUCCUGGGCUGGCCCCGCUUUCGGUGGCUUCCCUGUCGGAUUUGGGUUUAUUUUCCUCUACAACUCCGCCAACAACUACCUCGUCGACUCAUACCAACACCAAGCUGCGUCUGCACUGGCCGCGAAGACGUGUAUCCGGUCGUUCUGGGGCGCCAGCGUCGUGCUCUUCACCAACCAGAUGUACAACCGACUCGGAUACCAGUGGGCUAGUUCGCUGCUCGGCUUCAUUGCACUGGCGUGUUGCGCUAUCCCAUAUGUGUUCUACUUCAAGGGCGCGGCGAUUCGGAAGUAUUCGAAGUUUGCAUAUAGCCCAGAUGAGGAGAAUAUGGGUCUUGAGAAGGACAUCGUUUAG